AUGAAGACUAAUGAAGUCAAUUCGUCCAACCUGAACAGUUUAAAGGAUAUGAUUUUAGAUGAAGAAAAGUUAGUCACAUAUUUAUCAUUAUCUAAAGAUCUUUGUAUUCAUAUAAACAACAGCAAAACAUUAUUGAAUAACUUUAUUCAAUCUAUUCGAUCUGAGCAUCCUAAGUUAGAACUAAACGUAAAUUAUUUGAUAUCGGGUUUAGUUGAUAAUAACCAAGUGAGAGUAAGCGUUUGCACUGAGGAUAAAUUAGAAGAUGUGAAGAAGUCAUUGAAAGUAGUAUUUUUCAUCCAUAUUUAUAGUAUAAACAAGGGCAGAUCACAGGAAAACACUGCUGCGUUUGUUGCGCUAACCAAGUAUGACGAUCUUACCUUAUGUCCAGGAAUAAUAAAAAGUUCUGACAGUGUCAAAAGAUCUAAUGGUGAAAUUAAUAACUUUAAGAAUAGUAGGAACAAGGCUAUUGAAGAUACAAAACCCAAUUUGCUACAGAAAAAUGUAUCUAAAGCAGGUUCAGCAAAAACAUCUAAGUCCGAAAUUAGUGCUCCUGUUAAAAGUGAACUGAAAUUGGAAAAAGAAAUAAAAAAGGAGGUGAUAUCGCCACCUAAAGAACAAAAUAAAAAUGACACAAGUAGAAAUAACAAAGGCAUAGCUGGGUUCUUUAAUAAACAAAAUGGGAAUCCAAGAAAAGAAAAAAAGGUUGCUCCACCACUAAAAACUAUUGCUCCAAAGGUUGAAGAGGAUGACAGUCAGAAAAUGGAUGUUGACAUUGAUGAUGUUGAAGCUGAGGUUAAAAAGGAUAAAAGAGUUAACUUAAACCGUAAUAAAGUCUCAAACCAAAUAAAGGCAAACUCCAAAGUUGACAAGAAGCGGAAAAGGGUAUGUCAGAUUUCUGAUAGUGAUAGUGAAGAAGAGAAUGAUCCAUUUGUAGCUGAUCAUAAAAAUUUAAAUCUCCCUGAAUCUGAUGAUGAAAUUCCCCCAACACCAGCCGUAAGCACUUUAAAAAUUACUACAGGGAUUGUUAAUCCUCGAAAGAAACGGAAAGUUGUUGACAAAACUUAUAUGAGUGAUGAUGGAUACAUUAUAACUAAAAGAGAAGAGGUUUAUGAAAGCUGUUCAGAUACAGAGAGUAAUACAGAGGUGAAACCUGAAAAACAAGAAAUAAAAGAGGAGAAAUCAAAACAAAGUAAUAAAAUUAAAUCUUCACCUCAAGCAAAGAAAAAGGUUUCACCUCCACAAAAAGGGAAGCAGGCUACUUUAAUGAACUUUUUUAAAAAGAAGUAG